AUGGCUCGUACCAAGCAGACUGCCCGUAAGUCCACUGGUGGCAAGGCUCCCCGUAAGCAGCUCGCUUCCAAGGCCGCCCGCAAGGCCGCCCCCUCCACCGGAGGUGUCAAGAAGCCCCACCGCUACAAGCCCGGUACCGUCGCUCUUCGCGAGAUUCGCCGCUACCAGAAGUCCACUGAGCUUUUGAUUCGCAAGCUUCCCUUCCAGCGUCUGGUCCGUGAGAUCGCCCAGGACUUCAAGUCCGAUCUCCGCUUCCAGUCCUCUGCCAUCGGUGCUCUCCAGGAGUCCGUUGAGGCCUACCUCGUCUCUCUCUUCGAAGACACCAACCUCUGCGCUAUCCACGCCAAGCGUGUCACCAUCCAGUCCAAGGACAUCCAGUUGGCCCGCCGUCUCCGUGGCGAGCGCUCGUAA